AUGUAUCGAAUGAACAAUGAGGAUAAGGAGGAUGCUAGCUGCGAGUGUGUGUUUGAGAGCUACAUUCAAGCAAGCCAUCAGCUAUACACCUUGGAUGACAAAGAAGUGGAACUCUUCAAGAAAAAACUGAGUGACAGCUAUGUCCUGGACUAUACCAUGGCAUGCAAAGUGAACGGACAGUCGCCCAAGACAGUGCAACCGGACCUGAAAAAUAUUGAGGGGAUUAUUCCAAGAGAGGCAUUUAUGCAAGAGAUGGCACAUAUGGUAAAGGACAGCCUCUUGGCUCCAUUGUUAGAAGUGCACACUCUGAUGUGGGAUAUUUGCACAUUGGGGAGACCUCCAUCUUAG